AUGACGUCUGUCUUCCGAAACGGCCGCAUUUUUGCCCCAUCUCGAUCCUCCUCCGGGGAUGGAUGCGAAUUCGCCGAUGGCAUGAUCAUUAAAAAUGACCGGAUUUCAUAUAUCGGAUCGCUAGAUUCCACCACCGUCCCCGAUAAUGCGACAGUCAUUGACCUGGAGAACCGCAUUGUGCUUCCCGGUUUCAUUGACGCCCAUGUUCACAUUCUGCAAUACGGACAUUCCCUGCGCAAAGUGAACCUCAUUGAAUGCAUUUCACUCAAGCAUAUCCGGGAGACAAUCUCGACAUACGCAAAGGCAAAUCCAUCUGUGCCUCGCAUCCUCUGCCGGGGUUGGAUCCAGUCCUCCACCAAAGGCAUCGCCCUAGCCAGCAUGUUAGAUGACCUUGACCCGCGUCCCGUUUUUAUCGAUUCAUUUGAUCUCCAUUCCAUGUGGUGUAACUCCGCUGCUCUCGAUGAGAUGAAGGUCCACUCUGCCCCUGAUCCUCCUGGUGGUACUAUCCAUCGGGAUGAAAACGGGAGAGCGUCUGGUCUGUUGGAUGAGUCUGCAUUGGUGAACCUCGCUUGGCCAUAUCUGGACAGCCUCUACUCGACACAAGAUAAAAUCGGCGCUCUGGACGUAGCGGUUUCUUCAUAUACAGCGGCUGGCUAUACCGGAGUGGUGGACAUGGCCAUGGACCAGGAUACAUGGGACCUUCUCGACCAGUACCGCAGGGAAAAGUCCUUUCCUUUCCAUAUUGCAGCGCACUGGCUCAUCCCGUUCUCGAACGACCAGCAAGCCAACUUCAAGCAUGUCGAUCGAGCCAUCGAGCUCAGGAAGACCUUCAGGGACCCUACUUUCUGCAUUGCUGGGAUUAAGCUCAUCUGCGACGGUGUUGUUGACGGAUGCACUGCUGCUCUGUUCCAGCCAUACACAGGCAAGUCAAAACCAGAAGAUCCUAUCUGGCCAGUCGAUAUGUUGAAGGAGGUGGUCCAACGAGCAGAUGAAGCAGGCCUGCAAUGCGCCAUUCACGCCAUUGGAGAUAAAGCCAUUAACCAAGCCAUCAAUGUUCUAUCAGAAGUCGGCACCCUAGGACGCAGGCACAGAAUCGAGCAUCUCGAAUUGACAUCCUCUGAAGAUGCAAAGCGCCUCGGACAGCUGGGAAUUACUGCAUCGGUUCAACCAGUUCACUCAGAUCCAGCUCUCUUCAAGGCAUGGCCGGGUCUGAUCGGCCGGGACAGGUGUAAACGCGCGUUUGCUUAUAAGGAGUUCACAGACGGGGGAGCACCUCUCGCUAUUGGGACUGAUGCUCCUACCGCAGCCCACUUUCCGUUCCCGAAUCUCUAUAACGCAACAACCAGACGCUCAGCGCUUGAACCUGAGUCCACCAAGACUGUGAAUCCCCAUUUCGGCCUUGGCUUAGCUGAGGCGACAGCGGCUGCGACUACAGGCGCGGCGUAUGCGCGCUUUGCUGAUUCCUGGACUGGCUCGUUAAAGGCAGGGUUGAGUGCGGAUUUUCUGGUGGUGGAUAUGCAGUGGGCUCAGGACAGGCUUCUUGAGGCAAAGGUUGCCCAGACGUGGUAUAAGGGGAAGAAAGUGUAUGAUGUGGAUGCGCCAGAGGUUUAG